CGAGCAGUUUAGAGGUGCAGACGCUCUGUUGGUGGCUUUAAAGGCAUUUUCUCCUGAUGCAGCUGUGAUUUCUCCACGAGUCUCUUCUGACAAAGAAAUCUAGAGGACGACAUGAAAGAAGAAGAAAUGGCCCGUUCUCAGGGACUGCUGACAUUCAGGGAUGUGGCCAUAGAAUUCUCUCAGGAGGAGUGGGGACGCCUGACCCACACUCAGCGGGAACUGUACAGGGAUGUGAUGUUGGAGAACUAUGGACACCUCCUCUUCCUGGGUCUCGUUGUGUGGAAGCCAGACCUGGUCAUCUUUUUGGAGCAAGAGAAGCAGCUCUGGGAUGUGAAGAGAAAGGAGUCAGUAGCCUUCCAUCCAGCUGUAUCUUCACAUGGCACCCAGAGUUUCCUGCCAACAUUGUGCAUGGAAGCUUCUUUCCAAAACGUAGCGGUGCGUAGAUAUAAACAUACUGCCCUGGAGAAUCUACACUUCAUGGUAGACUGUAACGAUAAUGGGGAGAGUGAAGAGCAUCAAAUAUAUCAUGAAGGACAUAUCCAGACUGAGACAACUGCGCAUAAUAUGAACAUCACUGCCCAAAAUGGUGAAGGGUAUAAAACAUUUUGGAAAACAUCCCUUCUUAAGUCUGCUACUUCUGCAAAGCAGUGUCUUUCUAUAUAUAAGGGCUCAAAUCAAAUGAUUAAACAUACAUAUUUGCAGAACGAAAAGUUGGAAAAUCUGGAAAGUUGCCUAGUCCGUGCUGAAAAUAAUUAUUUCAACCAUUUUGAAAGUAGGAUUGGAUUGACCUUUGAGUCAAAUAUUUCUGAAAAUCAGAGAUUUAAAAUUGAAGAACAAAGUGCUGAGUGGGAUUCAUUUGAGAGGUCCUUCACCGAGGAGUUAACUCUUCAAAAUUACCAGGGUAUUUUCAAUGAAAACAAUAUUGCUCAAUGCAGUGAAUCUGAGGAAAAAUUUAACCCGGGUUCAAGUGUUAGUACAUGUCUGAGGACUCAUUUUCCAGAGAACCAUUAUGAACUUGAUAAAUGUGUGGAAGUCUUUUAUCAAAGCUCCAACCUUAUUAUACAUAAUAGUAUCCCUAUGGAAGAGAAUCAUUAUGAAUAUAAUGAAUGUGAGAAAGCUCUUAACCAGUCCUCCAGUGUUGGUGAUCAUCAGAGUAUCCAUGUGGGAAAAGACUCCUACAGAUGUUAUAAACCUGGGAAUAUGUUCAGUCAGUCAUCAAGACUAAAUAUACAUAAUACGAUCGGAACUGAACAAAAAAGUUACAUUUGUAAGGAAUGUGGCAAAGCCUUUGACUGGCACUCCACCCUGUGUCAACAUCAGCCAAUGUAUAUGGGAGGAAAAGCUUACAAAUAUGAAGAAUGUGGUAAGGUGUUUAUCCACCACUCACACUUUACUCAACGUGACAGAAUUCGUACUGGAGAGAAAAUCUACCAAUGUAAAGAAUGCGGCAAGUGCUUUAACCAUCACUCAAAUCUUAGUCGACAUUACAGAAUUCAUACUGGAGAGAAACCUUACCAAUGUAAAGAAUGUGGCAUGGCCUUUAACCAGCACUCAGUGCUUACUCGACAUCACAGAAUUCAUACUGGUGAGAAACCUUAUCAAUGUAAAGAAUGUGGCAAGGCCUUCAACCAGCACUCAAACCUUACUCAACAUCACAGAAUUCAUACUAGAGAGAAACCUUAUCAAUGUAAAGAAUGUGGGCAAGUCUUUAACCAUCACUCUAGCCUUACUCAACAUCACAGAAUUCACAGUGGAGAGAAACCUUAUCAAUGUAAAGAAUGUGGCCAGGCCUUUAACCAGCACUCAAACCUUACCCGACAUCACAGAAUUCAUACUGGAGAGAAACCAUUCAUAUGUACGGAAUGUGGUCAGGCCUUUAACCGUCACUCACACCUUACUCGACAUCACAGAAUUCAUACUGGAGAGAAACCUUACCAAUGUAAAGAAUGUGGCAAGGCCUUUAACCAGCACUCAAAGCUUACUGAACAUCACAGAAUUCAUACUGGAGAGAAACCUUACAUAUGCAAAGAAUGUGGCAAGGCCUUUAACCGGCACUCACACCUGACUCGACAUCACAGAAUUCAUUUUGGACAGAAACCUUACAUAUGUAAGGAAUGUGGCCACGCUUUUAUCCAGCACUCACACCUGAGUCAACAUCACAGAAUUCAUACUUGAGGGAAACCUUACCAAAGUAAAGAAUGUGGGAAGGCCUUUAAUCACUGUUCAUCCUUUACUCAUUAUCACAGAAUUCAUAGUGGAACAAACCUUACAAUUUUAAGGAAUGUGAGAAAACUUUAAAGACGACUCACCCCUUACUCCACAUCAGAGAAUUCAUAGUGGAGAGGAACCAUAAAAUUGUAGAGAAUGUGGAAAGGCUUUUAAGCGAUGCUAUUCCUGAUCAGAGAAAGUGUAUUGGGGAAGAUUUUGGAAUAUGAAGAGUUUUGCAAGCCCUUUAUUCAGAGGUCACGUUUCAUUCAACAUCACAGAAUUCAUACUGGGGAAGAACUUUUAAAUGUAAAGAACAUGGGAAGGCUUUUAGAACUGCUCAACCCUUUGCAGCAUCUCAGAGUUUAUACUGAGGAAAAACAUUACAAAGGUAAAGGGUAUCAUUAGCCUCUAGCUGGAACUCAUAAUUUACUCAACAUCAUAGCUAUCAUACAGCAUAGAUAAGUGUAAGAUGUAGAGAAAGUUGCAGUGCCUUUAACUGGAAUUCAGUCUAUACGCAGUAUCCCAAAAUACACACUGGAUUCAAACCCUAAAAACAUCAUGAUUGAGGAAAGACCUUCAUUUUAAAUUUUCACUGUAGCAAACACCAGAGAGUGCAUACAGGUAAGUUACUUGAAAGAUGUAAAUAUUUAGAAAUGUAUGUAAGUAAACAUCAAGUGUCAAUAAAUAUCAUAGAAAUCAAGUAGAAAGCAGUACAUGAGUCAAUCUAUUCAGAUGUUACAUCAAAAUACUUAUUAUAAGGACUAAUACAAAGUUAAACACUUAGAAAAUGGGUAUGCUAUUACGCUUCAAAAGAACAAGUGGAUGGAUUUUUGCAUAGAUAUAAUGAAUUUUUCAAUAUGUCCUUGUUUUUUAUUUUGUUG